GUAGGAUGCAGCGAUUGCGCUGGAUCGGUGUUAAAGCGCUGCGAUCUGGGGCAGCUGGGAGUAGGUUGCAGGAGAGGAGCUACAGCAGCAGCCAGACCAAUCCCCCUCGCCAGACACCACUGUACGACUUUCAUCGUGAACAUGGCGGCAAGAUGGUGGAGUUUGCAGGCUGGAAGCUUCCAGUGCAGUACAAAGACUCACACAUUGCCUCCCAUCUCCACACCCGUCAACACUGUUCUGUGUUUGAUGUUUCCCACAUGCUGCAGACCAAAGUCCUAGGGAAGGAUCGCAUACCCUUCAUGGAGAGCAUGGUGGUGGCAGAUAUUGCAGAGCUAAAGGAGAACCAGGGUACAUUGUCUCUCUUCACUAACGAGAAGGGUGGAAUAAUUGAUGACCUCAUAGUCACCAAGACCUCAGAUGGAUAUCUAUAUGUGGUGUCCAAUGCUGGCUGCUCUGAGAAGGACUCUGCCCACAUGCUGAAUAAAUUGCAGGCGUUCAAAGCCGCUGGACGUGAUGUGGAUCUAGAACACAUUGAUUGUGCUCUUCUGGCAGUGCAAGGUCCCCUUUCUGCUCGAGUUCUCCAGGCUGGACUAACUGAUGAUCUUUCCAAGCUAACAUUCAUGACCAGUGUUUACACAACUGUGUUUGGCAUCCCUGGCUGCAGAGUGACUCGCUGUGGAUACACAGGAGAAGAUGGUGUGGAGAUCUCUGUGCCAGCCCAGCGGGCAGUGGAGUUGGCUGACAAGCUGCUGCAGAACAGUGAUGUGAAGUUGGCAGGUCUGGCAGCACGUGACAGUUUGCGCCUGGAGGCUGGGUUAUGUCUGUAUGGCAAUGACAUUGAUGAGACCACCACUCCAGUGGAAGCCAGCUUGGUUUGGACUCUUGGAAAACGACGCAGAACAGCAAUGGAUUUUCCAGGAGCCUCGGUCAUUGUCCCUCAGAUUAAAGGAAAAGUGAAACAUAAGCGAGUUGGUCUGACCUCAACAGGACCUCCAGUCCGGCAGCAUGCGCCUAUCCUGAACCUAGAGGGGCGUGUUAUUGGUGAAGUGACCAGCGGUUGCCCUUCGCCCAGUCUGCGAGUUAAUGUGGCCAUGGGCUAUGUGGAACCAGAAUACGCAAAAGCUGGCACAGCCGUGCGUUUUGAAGUCAGGAAGAAGAUUGUAGAUGGUGUUACCACCAAAAUGCCAUUUGUGCCUGCAAAGUAUUAUACCCUAAAGUGAACUGGUGAAAGAGGAACAAUGUAGAAAUGUAAUGAGCUGUGUGUAUGUGACUGUGUGUUUAUAUACCUUUUCCUUUUCAAUCUGAAUGAAUAUUGUGCAUGUGGGGGUUUGCUUUCCUUGUGUUGGUGCAUGCCUGUGCCCAUAUUCAGUUAUCCGUGACAAAUACACAGAGCAGUUAAAGAACAACCCGGAUGAAGGGCAGAUGUAGAGUCCUACUACUGAAGCAAUAAAAUUAAUUAGCUUUGUAGUUGGCAUAUGUGGGCCAUACCCUACUUCAUUUCAAGUCUCAGGUCCUUUCUUUACUCAGGGUGUCUUGCACAAGUGCCAAAAUCCUUCUUCCAAAAUAAUAACCCAUUCCAUAUAUUUAAAGGGGACAAUCUACACCCACCCUGUGGCAUCUCUUUAUCCAACCUGCUUUUGCAAUGGUGCAUUCAGCAUCUUUGGUUCUAGCAGAAGCCAUGAGCUAUGAACCUGUUUAAGUAACAAAAAGCUUCCCUUUAACUAAAAACAAAAGUAAAUCUGGAAAAUAGUAACUUGCAAACAUAAACAAGAUUAUGUAAAAACAGCAAACUAUGAAGGUUGUAACUAAUUUCAUUCCAGCAAUUGGUGUAUAAAAGAUGUUAUUGAUGUAUAAGGUGCCAGUUAGAUUAGAAUUUACAACAAAGACAUAGACAAAAUAAACAACCAUAGAUGUA